AUCAGCUGUCAAAAAUUGUGUAAUCUUUGUUGGGGCCGAAAUGGCAUGUGCACGAAAAGUGUUUUCUCGCGUUUUUCUGAAUAAUUCCCUUUUGACCACCAGCCGCUGCAUCAGCAUGUCAGCCAGCCGCCGCGCCGAGCAGGCCAUCGACAAGCUGAAGGAGGAGAAUCCCUUCUACUCCAAGUACGCGGGCAAGAUUGCCAAGCUGCAGCAGACGUCGGCGGAGGAGUUCUUGGAUCGGGUGGAGCGAGUGGUCAACCCGAUCAAGGAUGGUCGCAGCCAGGCCAGAUCCUAUUCCGAGCUGCUGAACCCCAAGAAGGAGUUGCAAGCCAAAGAGCAGGGCGAAAUCCCCCAUAAGAAGCUCUCGGACAUCAUGAAGCUGGAGCUGCUUGCUGAUAAAAGUGCCGAGGAGGUCUCCCAAAUCUGGCUGGAGUACCACAAGACUAAGGAGGCUCUGGCCGCCACACUGACCACCACCCAGUACGAGACCCUAAUGUCGCGGGCCAAGGAGCACCCCGUCUUCUUGCUGCCGCUGCCUAGAAGCGAGGGCUUCGAAUUUAUUAUGCUACAAUUCUCCGCCAACACUGUACACUUCACGCCGCUGCUGGCCUAUCAGGUGCACCACGAGAAUGCCCCCGAGUGCCUUACACUGGUGCACUACACAGAGGUCGAGGACAAGGGACUGGUUCUGAUGCGCGGCGAGUACGACAGCAAGGUUCUGACAGCCCAAGAGGCGCAGUGCCUGGCGAACGAGCUGCAGAUGUUCUACCUGAAAGCCGACGACAACAAGCUGCGUCUGCUGGAGACCUUCACCCGGAAACCGGACGAGUUUAAGCACAUGGAUCUCAUCAAGGAGGUGGAGAACAUUCAGCUGGCCUAGGCCCUGAGAUUAUAGUCAGAAUAAAAGAAAACACACAACGGAAAACAACACCCACA